CCCAGCGGCCCAGUGGUCUUUCCCACUGAGCCCUAUUUCUUCUCUGCCACAGUUCUAAAAAAUAACACAGUGAAAGUGGAGACAGAGGCCGAAGAUGCUGCCCUGGACUGCUCAGUGAGUUCCAGGUCUUCCGAGAAGCACCCUCUGGACAGCGUCUUCCCUGCCCUCCAGGAUUCCAGCAAGCGAAAGCCGCCGGGCUGCGAUGGCCAGCCUGACUCUGUCCCCAGCGUGAAGAGGCGGCGGCUGAUUCCCGAGGCGCUCCUAGCAGGCAUGCGGAACCGGGAGAACUGCUCGCCCUGCCAGGGCAACGGAGAGCAGGCCAGCAGGGGCAAGAACUUGGGCUCCGCGUGGCCCGGCGAGGAGGAGCCCUGUGGCGAGGUGACCACCCCCUCUUACAAGAAGCCUCUGUAUGGCAUCUCGCACAAGAUCAUGGAGAAGAAGAACCCUCCCGCCGGGGACAUGCUCAACACGUACGAGCUCUUCGAGAAGGCAAACUCCAGCAACAGCCCCUCGCCGCUGCGGCUCCUGAACGAGCCGCAGAAGCGGGACUGUGGCAGCGCCGCAGCGGCCACCGACGGUGACCCCAACAUCUACUUUCUGAUCCAGAAGAUGUUCUACAUGCUCAACACGCUGUCCUCCAACAUGUCCCAGUUGCACAGCAAGGUGGACCUGCUCUCCCUGGAGGUGAGCCGCAUCAAGAAGCAGGUGAGCCCCACCGAGAUGGUGGCCAAGUUCCAGCCGCCCCCGGAGUACCAGCUCACGGCGGCCGAGCUCAAGCAGAUCGUGGACCAGAGCCUGUCGGGCGGUGACCUGGCCUGCCGCCUGCUGGUGCAGCUCUUCCCCGAGCUGUUCAGCGACGUGGACUUCUCCCGCGGCUGCAGUGCCUGUGGCUUCGCGGCCAAGCGGAAGCUGGAGUCGCUGCACCUGCAGCUCAUCCGCAACUACGUGGAGGUCUACUACCCCUCGGUGAAGGACACGGCCGUGUGGCAGGCCGAGUGUCUGCCCCAGCUGAACGACUUCUUCAGCCGCUUCUGGGCGCAGCGGGAGAUGGAGGACAGCCAGCCCGGCGGCCAGGUCCCCGGCUUCUUUGAGGCCGAGCAGGUGGACGCCGGCCACUUCCUGGACAACAAGGACCAGGAGGAGGCCCUGUCCCUGGACCGGAGCAGCACCAUCGCCUCCGACCACGUGGUGGACACGCAGGACCUCACCGAGUUCCUGGACGAAGCGUCGUCCCCCGGCGAGUUCGCCGUCUUCCUUCUCCACCGGCUCUUCCCCGAGCUCUUCGACCACCGGAAGCUGGGCGAGCAGUACAGCUGCUACGGGGACGGGGGCAAGCAGGAGCUGGACCCGCAGAGGCUGCAGAUCAUCCGCAACUACACGGAGAUCUACUUCCCCGACAUGCAGGAGGAGGAGGCCUGGCUGCAGCAGUGCGCCCAGCGCCUCAACGAUGAGCUCGAGGGCCUGGCGCUGGAUGGGGGCAGCGAGGGCGAGCCCGCGCGGGACGACUGCUACGACUCCUCCAGCCUGCCGGACGACAUCUCCGUGGUCAAGGUGGAAGACAGCUUCGAGGGCGAGCGGCCCGGCCGGCGCUCCAAGAAGAUCUGGCUGGUGCCCAUCGACUUCGACAAGCUGGAGAUCCCGCAGCCCGACUUCGAGGUGCCGGGCGCCGACUGCCUGCUCAGCAAGGAGCAGCUGCGCAGCAUCUACGAGAGCAGCCUGUCCAUCGGCAACUUCGCCUCGCGCCUGCUGGUGCACCUCUUCCCCGAGCUCUUCACGCACGAGAACCUGCGCAAGCAGUACAACUGCAGCGGCUCGCUGGGCAAGAAGCAGCUGGACCCGUCGCGCAUCAAGCUCAUCCGCCACUACGUGCAGCUGCUCUACCCCCGCGCCAAGAACGACCGCGUGUGGACGCUGGAGUUCGUGGGCAAGCUGGACGAGCGCUGCCGGCGCCGGGACACUGAGCAGCGGCGCUCCUACCAGCAGCAGCGCAAGGUGCACGUGCCGGGCCCCGAGUGCAGGGACCUGGCGAGCUAUGCAAUCAACCCCGAGAGGUUCCGAGAGGAGUUUGAGGGGCCCCCGCUGCCGCCCGAGAGAAGCAGCAAGGACUUCUGCAAGAUCCCCCUGGACGAGCUGGUGGUCCCCUCGCCCGACUUCCCGGUGCCUUCACCGUACCUGCUGUCGGACAAGGAGGUGCGUGAGAUCGUGCAGCAGAGCCUCUCCGUGGGCAACUUCGCCGCCCGGCUCCUGGUCAGGCUCUUUCCGGAACUCUUCACCGCCGAGAACCUCCGGCUGCAGUACAACCACUCCGGCGCCUGCAACAAGAAGCAGCUGGAUCCGACGCGGCUGCGGCUCAUCCGGCAUUACGUGGAGGCCGUCUACCCGGUGGAGAAGAUGGAGGAGGUGUGGCACUACGAGUGUAUCCCCAGCAUCGACGAGCGGUGCCGCCGCCCCAACAGGAAAAAGUGCGACAUCCUGAAGAAAGCCAAGAAAGUGGAGAAGUGACGGGCGCCCCGGGGACUGAGCGUUCUUUUGGAGCAGUGAAUGGUAUCCACAGACACGCACCUUAUGUCAGUGGGGAGUGGCUUACUACAUUUGCACACGUAAACACCACCCAACCACAGGAAAGAAGCCUUGCGUUCGGUCUCUCCUGCUCACGACUUUUGUCUUGUGCCCCAGUGGUGCCGCAGGAGUUGGGGAGAGCUGAGCCGUGAGAGUAGAGAGGCCUCAGGAGUGGUUCUCUCCUGGGCUGUGUCCCCCCACCCCCCUGCAAUUUCAGAUGCAUAUUCAGCAACUCUCUUGUUCCUCUGCCCACAUUUUACAUCUUCCAUUUUUAUCAAACAAUUUUUUUAAUUAAAAAGAAACCCUUUUUAAAAAAAAAAUCAUUGGGCUCUUUGGGGGCCAUUUUACUUAGAAAAAAUAUCUUUUAAAUAUUUGAGAUGAAGUACUGUAAGAUGACUUCAGUUGCUGGGAUUUUUUUUUUUUUUUUAAGAUGGUUUCAGAUUUAUGAAAUUUUUACAAGUGCCAUGUUCAUGCAUGAUGGCCAAUAAUAGCUUCAGGUGGCACAGAGACCAAUUUUCCUGACCUUGUCUUUUACAUCUGAUUUUAGAAGGAUCAAGAUGCCCCCUGGAUGGCAGUAGAAGGGAUGGAAUAGUGUGAUGUCCUUUCCCACCAUGGUCGUGUUCUCCCUUCCACUGUGGUGCUGAGGAAGGGGCCUCACACGGCCUGGCCUGUUUGUAGUUGCCAUGUGGGUAGAAUGUCGUGCUCACUCUCUGUAGACGAGAACACUGGAUGAUGAUGAUGAUGAUGAU